AUGACGGAUUCUCAAUUGGAAUUGAUAAAUAUUCCUGAUGUGGUGAUGAAUGAAAUACUAGAAUAUUUGGAUUUUCCAGAAAUACUGAAACUACGCAAAGUUUGCCACUAUUUCAAGGAUUUUAUCGAUGAAGUCAAGUCAAAAUCAAUUUUAAAGGAUAUUAAUAUUAUUUUCUACCCCAAGGAAAUUCGAUUCGAUCUGUUUUCGGUUCAAAACGAGAGAUAUGUAAUUUUGUAUGAAAAAUUCCAAGCAAAUGGAUGUCGAGUUUCCCAAAAUGGACGAGAGAAAAUUCUGGAAAAUUCGGAUUUUCGAGAAAUUUUUAUACGAGAUUUGGAAAUUUUAUUGAAACUUCAAAAAUCGAUUUUUCGAGUUUUUCGAUUGAUCAGAAGAGACCAAAAUGAUUUUGAUUAUUUUUUGGAAAAUUUUCCAAAAACUCCAGAAUUGAAAAUUCAAGAAUUUUAUAUGGAUGCGGGAGAUGAUGCCCAAAAUGAAAUUUCGAAAAUUUUAGGAUUUUUGAAUUCGAAAUUCUUGAUUUCACUAUCAUUUCAUCCCUAUGGCGGACGAAAAGUUUUAAAUUUAUCGGAAAUUUCGAAAAUGGACCAUUGGAAGAAUGCUGAGCAAUUGUAUGUGAAUCGGAAUAUUUUUGUGAUUUUGGAUGUUUUGAAAUUGGAACAUUUUUCGUUGGUGGAAGUGAAAAUGGAUAGAUUGAGAGGAAAGGAAUUGUUGGAAUUGAGAGAGAUGAAGAGUUCAGAAGACGUUCUCAGAAUAACACAUAAUUCAGAAGUUUACUCUGUGAAUUUUAAGAGAAUUCGGAAAGAAAAUGUCCCAGAAGGAUUCUCAAUUUAUUGA